AAUUAUACCCGCCAUGAUUCUCUCACACUCUUCCCGCCAAUUCUCCACCGUCCGAUUCAAUCUCCCCACUUCCUCUUCCCCUGCGCUUCUCCCCACCCGAAUCAUCACCUUCACCCCCGCCUCUCUCCCCCGCCGCCUCUCCCAUUUCAACUGCACAUCCGCUCUUCCCUUCCCCGCCGAGACCGCCAAGCACCACAGAGAACUCCAAGCCGCCAUCGACGUCGUCGAAACAGCUUACAAGCUCUGCCUCGAGGUCCAGACUGCGUUACAGUCUAGCUCCGGCGGCGUUCCCGGGAAGAGCGACGACACUCCUGUCACCGUCGCCGAUUUCAGCGUCCAGGCUCUCAUCAGUUUAGAGUUAGGGCGGCGAUUUCCUUCGAUUCCGUUGGUGGCGGAGGAGGAUUCGGCGUCGGUGCGGGCGAAUAAUCUGGUGGAGCCGGUGGUGAAAGCGGUGGUUGAUAAGGCCAGCGCCGGGGACGAGCCGUUGACGGCGGAGCAUGUGUUGGAGGCGAUUGAUAGAGGUGGACCGGAGGCUUUUACUUUCGGAGCUGAACCGGCGACGUAUUGGUUACUGGAUCCAAUUGAUGGCACCAGAGGAUUUGUGAUGGGAAAUAAGGCAUUAUUUGUGGUAGGUUUGGCUCUUGUAGUUGACGGGGAAAUUGUAUUAGGUGUCAUGGGAUGCCCAUGCUGGCAGGACUCAAACAAAUGUAUAUCUGGAGUCCAGGAAGAGAAGAGCAUUCCAUCUGAAACAGGGCUUCUUAUGGUCUCUCAUAUUGGCUGUGGCACGUGGACAAGAAGUUUAUCAGCUGUGCUUAAUGGCACACCCAAGACUCCUUACUCUUGGACCCGCUGCUUUGUUGAUAGCUGCUCUAUAGUGCCUCAGGCACGGUUUUGUAUCACAGAGAGUGAACCAUGGGAGGCAUUGCCGCCGGCAGCUUUGUAUACCUCAACAGCUGAUGCUGAUAGUGUUGGUGACGGCCGAGUACUAGUUUUGAAACCUUGUUGUGGAAGUUUAUGCAAGUAUUUAUUGGUAGCUUCAGGUAGGGGUUCUGUUUUCAUUCAGCGACGGAAAGAAAAAGUUAUUAAGGCUUGGGAUCACGCUGUCGGUAUCAUAUGCGUACUUGAAGCAGGAGGAACGGCAACUGACUGGGAAGGAAAUCAAGUUGAUCUUGCAGCAGAUGAAGGCGGACGGAGGAACAUAUACCCUCAAGGUGGUUUCCUUGUGAGCAAUGGCAAGAUACAUAACCAGCUUCUGGAACUGAUAUCUUCCACUUUAACAACAGUUUCAGGCUAAUUGUAUCUUCAUACGCGUAUGGUCUGAUUCAUUUUUUCAACAAAUAUAUCUAAUAAUGGUAAAUUGCAUUUACUUCAGCUGUCAUCCUAUUAUGAAUUUUGAAAUUCCAUACAAUAGUGGUGAUUCAUCUUCACAACAAUCUUAAUAGAAUGGGAAUGAUUUCCUUUACA